CGCAGUGCCUAGCGCAUGCGCCCUGGUGUCACGCCUCAGUGGGAUAGAGAGAGAGUGAUGGCGAAUGAGGAUAUGCUGGAGCGGAGUGUGGACGCCGCCACCUCCUCCAGCUUCCGACACUUUCGUGUGCGGCAUUUCCACCUGGAGCUGCGGGCGGAUUUCGAGCGGAGGCAGCUGCAGGGGCGAGAGGUGUUGGAGCUGAGCUGUGUGCGGCCUGAGGGCGGGGGUCAGGAGCUCCGCCUGGACACUCACCCCAGCGUUAGUGUCCACUCGGUGUCAGGGCGGUGCGGGGACCGAGAAGGCCAGCUCCAGCCCCUGUGCCACAAAAUCCAACCCUUCACCAGCUAUGGCUGCACCUUGGUGCUCACCUUACCCCAGCCGUGCCAAACCGGUGACCAGCUGCAAGUAGUCAUCGACUACACGGCCACCGAUGGACCCGGGGUUGUUUGGCUGGACCCAGAACAGACAGCAGGAAAAGUCAAGCCAUACCUCUUCACUCAAGGUCAGGCUGUCUUGAACAGAUCCUUCUUCCCUUGUUUUGAUACCCCUGCAGUUAAGAGUACUUAUUCUGCCUCCAUUAAGGUUCCUAAAGGCUUUACAGCAGUUAUGAGCGCAACUGACUGGGAUCAUGAUGAAAAAGAAAACAUAUUCCACUUCAAAAUGCAACAACCAAUUCCUUCAUAUCUUGUUGCUUUAGCAGUUGGUGACAUUGUCUCUGCUGAAGUUGGACCGAGGAGUCGUGUCUGGACUGAACCUAGUCUGUUAGAAGCUGCUAAAGAGGAAUAUGACGGUGUGAUCGAAGAUUUCUUGAAAGUUGGUGAAAAGCUGUUUGGGCCAUAUGUGUGGGGAAGGUACGAUCUUCUCUUCAUGCCUCCGUCUUUCCCAUUUGGUGGGAUGGAGAAUCCCUGUCUUACGUUUGUUACUCCAUGUCUGUUGGCUGGAGAUCGUUCAUUGGCUGAUGUCAUCAUCCAUGAGAUUUCUCACAGCUGGUUUGGCAAUCUUGUAACAAAUGCCAACUGGGGAGACUUCUGGCUUAAUGAAGGCUUUACAAUGUAUGCUCAGCGGAGAAUUUCAACAGAACUUUAUGGUGCAGCAUAUACUUGUCUCGAGGCUGCUACAGGGAGAGCUCUGCUUCGACAACACAUGGAUAACACUGGGGAGGACCAUCCACUCAACAAACUGAAGGUCAAAAUUGAACCAGGUAUUGAUCCUGAUGACACAUAUAAUGAAACUCCAUAUGAGAAGGGCUACUGCUUUGUAUCAUAUUUGGCUCAUCUUGUGGGUAAUCAGGACAAAUUUGAUGCAUUCCUUCGGGCUUAUGUGGACAGAUUCAAGUUUCAAAGUAUUGUAGCUGAGGAUACUUUGGAUUUCUAUUUAAGCUAUUUCCCAGAGCUCAAGGAAAAGAAUAUCGAAAAAAUACCAGGCUUUGAAUUUGACUGCUGGUUGAACACUCCUGGAUGGCCACCUUACCUACCGGACCUUUCAUCUGGUGAUACUUUGAUGAAACCUGCAGAAAGCUUGGCAAAUCUGUGGCUAGCUGCAGAUCUGAACAUGGAUGCUAUCAAAGCCAUUGAUAUGUCAUCAUGGAAAACCUACCAGAUAGUGUACUUCCUUGAUAAACUCCUGGAAAAAUCACCUUUACCUCGAGGUAAUACUGAAAAGCUUGCUGAAAUGUAUCCAAAAAUAUCCAAGGCUAAGAAUGCUGAACUGCGUUUUCGAUGGGUGCAGAUUGUUAUUAAAAACCACUACGAGGAUGCAUUUGAUGAAAUCCAGAAUUUCCUCCAUAGUCAGGGAAAACAAAAGUAUACUGUUCCUGUUUAUCGAGCGAUGUGGUCUAAAAGUGAAAAGACACGUAAACUGGCACAGGAGAUUUUUGCAGCCACAGAGAAGCAGCUCCACAAAAAUGUUCAAAAUUAUGUGAAGAAGAUUUUUGUCUAACACUUUUAUGAUUCAUCCUAUAAAUGAUGAAGUCUUAAAAUUCUUAAAAAUUUUCUAUUUUACACUUUUUUAAAUUUUCCAGCAGACUGUUUUGAAUAUUCAUAUUUCAAAAUGUCCAACUGUUAAGCAUAAUUAUGCCUUCAAAUUUAUGUUUAUAAAAUCAGGUAAAAUCAGUGAUUGCUUUUGAAUCUGUAAUCUCUUCGUUAAUGAAGUACAAAAUUUCCAUGUUUCAGUAAGGAGUCCUCAAUUUAGUAUUUUCCUUAAUAGGUUUGACCUGUUAAAGCUAGUAAAUUCAACUGUUUGUUGAUCCCACAGAUUCACCUGUAAUCACUUUUACAGUUAACUUAGAAAAUUAAAGGUGUAUCAGAGAAGUGUAACCAAGAUUUGAAUCCUGAAUUGAGGUCCUAGCAUCCAAACAUUUUGAUCUCUUUAGCGAGUGCAUCUAUUUAGUAUAUUCUAAUCUUUGUCUUUUCAAUCUAAUCACCUGGCUGUGAAUGAGCUUCAGAACAGUAUGAUGUAAUAUUGCUUUUGACAGUUGUCUGUGGGGAUGACGAAGAAUGUUAGGAGAAUCAUUACAAAAAACCUAGCUAUAUCUCCUGCAAGCUUGUCAACCAAUAGACUUCUCCAGCAUUCAAGGUCCAAACCAGAAGACUAGGAACAAUGCUCCUAAACUUAGGUAAAUUUCUAAAUUUUAUAGGGAAUCUAUUACAUUUAAAAAUACACAACAAAGUGAAAAACAUCAUGACUUUCUCGUGAAGGAGUGAACACCCAAAGACUUCCUGAAGCAACUUUGAGGGGACCAAAUUUCUAAUAAACUAAGAUUUUAGUAUUCAAAAUUUAGUAUUUCCUGUGUAACAUGUGACGAUCUUUCUGUGUUAAAGUAGUAACAAUCAUUUUACCUGCAUAAAAUUGUUUUCAGACACACUACCUUGUUAUGAGUGGAAAAUAAAAUGUGUUCUUGGACGGGUGUAAACUAACCCUGAAAUAAGGGGCACAGUGGUCAUCUGAUGUCAUAAGGAUAUUGGCCACAAGGAUGCAGAUAAUUGACUCACUAAGCUAACUGCUCCUAGAAAUCAGGUACGUCAGGAGGUCUUCAUAGGGUGAUCUUUGAUAUUUUCUCCAGAUGGAUGAUGGACCAAAAGAAGAGGAAGAUUUCCCAACUUUAAUGAGAACAACACAUUUUGUUCCUGUCUGUCGUCUGAUAUCAGUGAACAAUGCCCAUAUCAUGGAUACAUACUUUUCGUUGUCUAAUGAACUAAUGUAUCAAAUCUAAAUUGCUGCUUCUAAAGAAACUCAAACACAAUGAAUUGUCAAAUGCCAGGAUUGGAUAAUGAUCAUGAGUAAAAAAAUUCAUUUAAAACCA